AUGGAGUCCACGUCCUACCAAGCCGACGCUCUCCCAGCAUCGCCGCUACUCCGUCUUCCUUUCGAGAUCCGUCUCAUGAUAUACGAGUACCUACUCCUACCAUCGACGACGCCCACGACCGGAAACGGAACCUCAGUCGCGAACCUGAUUCCCGACUUCCAUACCUACCUCUCCGAAGAUACGAACAAUGAUCCGUGUACCUUGAGCGUACGCACUAUGGAUCCAUGGUUGGGAGUGCAAGGUCCAAGGACAUGGAGACGGAGGAGUACAUACCAUAUUAGAACCGGGCCCUUUCUAACAACCACAACACCAACAACGUACCGCGUCCUCCUCUCCCCCUACACAUCGCACCUCCGCCACACCGUUCCCUCCCUGCUAUCUCUAAACCACCAAAUCCACGCCGAAGCAAGCAAAAUCCUCUACUCGACCUACACAUUCUCCUUCCACACCAGCAUCGAAGCUGCAGUGCCAUUCCUUUCCGACCUUACACCUCGAAGCCGUGCCGCUCUACGCCAUCUCAGCGUGACGAAGAAAGCGCUGCCAUAUAGCAAAGAGUUCGACCGCGCGGAAUGGGCAAGUCUAUGCGACUACCUUGCUACACCGCCGCAGUCUGCUCUCGACGGAACCGAGAUUCCUGCGCCUGUUUCCCUGCGCAGCCUUACUCUGAACGUCAUAUCCGGCAAGCCUGAUCACGGCUGGGAGUCCAUAACGCCCAUCCUGCCCAGCGACUUUGACACCAUGCUGCGUAUGAAGAACGAGUGGCUUGGCGGUCCGCUUGGUGGUGGUGGUGAUUUCGGGGGCAUGGAUUUAGAGUGGGCGGAGCAGGUUAUGGCGAUCAAGGGACUGGAGAGCAUUAACGUGAAGGCGAUGGUGGAGAGAUGUGCUAAUCCUAACUUCAGCGUAGCGAACGAGAACUUGGUCAAUGCCGCACAACAACACAAAAAUAAAGAUGUCCAAACAACCGUAGUUCCUGCCCACAAGGCAGAAAUGCAUGAAGGGCAACCCGUAACAAUUGUGCGCAGAGUCGGCAAGUGGCCCUACACUCUACUCGUGCUCAGCAUCCUUGGAACUGCGGCAUUCAUCAUUUACAUCACCUUUCUCUGGUUUACCGCAAGUGGCAACAAGAAUUGGAAAAACAUCGCUCUGUCUGGUUGGAUGACGAGAUCCGUCGCUAUUGCGGCUGUUGUGCUUCGAACAUCAACUACUGUGCAAGCCGGCCUCGCGUCAUCUAUGCUUGCCGCUAUCGCGCUUGAAAGCACUACCGGAGUUGCCCUGCAAGAUCUAGCACCUCUAUCUUUGAUGCGUGCGUCUUCUGCGGCGCCGUAUGCUCUGCUAGCAUAUCCGAGGCUCGGUCGCAACGGACCAACUUGGGUUCUUCUUGUGUGGGCUGCCAUCAUAUCGAUCACAACUGUCUCCCUUCAGUUUACAUCGACGAUUCUGCUGGCCGACGUGAAUGCAGGCUUUAUUCCGAGUGGUCUUUCACCUUACGCAUAUGUGCUUCCUCAGGAGUUGUUGUUUAGGGGAAGCCUGACUGCCAACUGGCGGAGCGCUCCACGGCCGUGGCCAAUAUUUGCCGAAUAUACAGGAAACGACUCGGCUGAUGGGUCUAUAGGCUACUCAGACACGGGCUCGACGAUGAGAGCGCUUUUGCCGUUUAGCGAUACUCGGUCUCGGUCCUUCAUCCAUACCUACGAAGGUCCAGCCCCCGUCGUCGAUGCGCGCACGAUUUGUAUUAGGCCAAAUAUCACAAAUACUCGGGUACAAGCCAAUACUACUUACGACCUCAAAAUUCAUGGGAAUAUUUCGAUUCCAGACGACCUGCUAACAGUCCUCUUGGCCGAGACCCCCUUUACGGGCUUCAAGCCAACCGCGUUUGCGUGUGAGCCGUCGUGGAACUUCGUAAGAGAUUACGGCCAGGACAAAGUUGCAGGUCGAACCUCUGCCUGGGAUCUAACCGUUUGCGAUAUCGGACCGGCAGGUUAUGGGGAGAUUAAAAGCCCCUUCUGGAAGAACUUCUCGAGCACAUCCACUCCUUUUCUGCUAAUGAACUACACGGGUUAUGUCGAUCAACAAGUCCAGAACAACACGAAAUUUCCACCCUUGGAACUUGCAAACUUCAAUGAUACAACUCCGGGACUACGCUAUCAUGACAGAAAUGAAUGGCUCGACCUCAAACAAGACGCAGAUGUUCUGGACUGGUCGCAUGGCAACAAUUUCGCAGAUAACAAGCUAAGCUUCAGUCUCUGUUUUCCAGUGUUCCGUGCCUAUGUUCUCAACAUAUCAGUAACGUCACGAGCGCCUCUGGAAGAGCCAACGUUCUUCUAUGACGUUGAAAGAAGUCAGUUUCGCUAUGAUGAUGUACGGAAGCAACUAGUUUCAUCGUCUAAACUUUUAGCAGACGAGCGGAAUAUUUUGUCUUUGCAUCCACAAUCCUGGCGACUCUUCGACAAUAUGACCGACCAAGAAUACCCAUUUGGUAACAUUCUCACUAUGAUAACUCUCACUGGUUCAACCACCGGUUCGAGUCAGAUUUUCGAGCCAGGGCAGGAUCACCCAACUUUACACCUGAUGGACGACAUGAAAGAAUUCCAGCCUCGUGCAGAUUAUAAUAUCGAAGGACUUGGGUUAGAGGUCCUACAAGAAGGCGGAACCCCAGCGGAAGCAAUGCAAAGCAUGCUGAUGAGCGUUGUACUGGCAGACUACCAGUCUUACGUCUUCACUGAAGUUCCCGAUGGCACACCAAACAGUACAGCCACCUUACGUGGUGACUUCAUCACAGCGCAGGUGCCCGGAGGUAAUGGACGACCUGCAACCAACCCUGCCGGAGCGACACGAUCAUAUGUCAUAGUCAUGAUCGCCACAGCUAUACAUAGCGUCGCCGUAUUCUUAAUAUUCAUGCUGUUCAUCAAAAGCACUAAAAACACGCUGAUUUGGGAAAGUUGGCACACCAUCGCCCAAACCAUAAGCGCAGUCACCGAGCCUUAUCUCAGCCAGGCGGGCCUGGCCACCGACUCUGAAAUCAAGAAGCAAAUGAAGACCGAAGGUACUUCUAAUCAAGCUGUUUCGGUCAAAACGGACGAAAGCGGAGCCAGAGCUGAAGUUGGCGUUGUUAGGCAACGGAUAAAGAGCAAUAGAAUACAAAAGGAUUCACAAAGUGAUCUUUUGAUGGAGGAGCUCAGGCCUGUGAGGUCUGCAAAGAAUGCGGAACGGUGGAACGAUAGAGAUACAACCAACAAUUAG